AUGCCCGGGAACGCCAUGGUCAUCCGGGUGCUGGGUAGUUCCAACUGCACAACUGGCACGUCCGCAAAGACCGCGGUCGACGUUUGCGGCAGGGAACUUGAGGAUGAUGCAGACGCUGAGAACUGGACCUCUGACGUCGGGACAGCUCCGCUGGAUGGUGCGCAACGCCUUCAGUCACCUAUAUUCAGCGCCACCCAAAGAGGCCAGCACAGUACUUGUGCCGUAGAGUCAGCCAAACUGCGGUACUGCGGUACUCCUACUGACUGGACGGGUAUCUUCAUCGGGAAGUUUCAUGUCAGAUACCGAGCUGGGGAGCCCAUUGCCAUCGCUGUCCUCCCGACCGACACGUACUACUCUUGGCUUGAGUCUCCGCUCAUGACGCUGAAGGCUCCACCAAACUGCAAGCCCGGCUCUCCGGCAGCCGCGGCGGAAGCCUGCCUAGCGAUCCAGAAGGCCCUGGGAUCCGAGUUCGUUUCCAUCGCGCCGGCAAAUCAAGGCCUGGUGGAUGUGAACUGGUCCGCGUCGACCUGGCAGGCGCCCUCGUGCGUCGUCCAGCCCACCUCAGCCCAGCUCCUGUCGGUCGUCCUGCGCAUUAUUGUGCAGUUCCAAGUGCUCUUUGCCAUCCGCAGCGGCGGCCACUCGCCGAACCCGGGCUUCGCCAGUAUCAGCCAACCAGGGCUGCUCCUCGACCUGGCGCGUCUCGACUCGAUUAGCGUGAGCGCCGACGCGUCCGAGGUAAGCGUCGGACCGGGCCAGCGAUGGGGCAGUGUCGCGGCGGCAGUCGACCCGUUCAACGUGACCGUUGUCGGCGGGAGGCUGCCUGACAUUGGGGUCGGAGGACUGGUCCUAGGCGGCGGGUUCUCGUACUAUUCGAACCAGUACGGCCUCGCGGCGGACAAUGUCAGGAACUUUGAAGUCGUUCUCGCCAAUGGCAGCAUUGUCGAGGCAAAUGCCCACUCAAACCCGGAGCUAUUCUGGGCCCUCAAGGGCGGCGGCUCUAACUUUGGCAUCGUAACCCGCUUUGACCUCACCACCAUUCCGGUUCGCCACGUGUAUGCAGAGAUCUUGGUGAUCUCCUCCGACGAAACGCCCGCGUUCCUGCGCGCCCUAGCCGCCUGGCAACUCGGGCCAGGCGGGUCCGACGAGCGAGCCACCGUGAUCGCCGUCAGCACCAUCAGCGGCACCACGGUGGGAUUUCUCUACUCGCAGCCCGUCGCCACGAGGCCUGCCGCGUUCGCAGCCUUUGCCAACCUGACCGUGCUCGCGACCGCCCUGCCGCCGACGAACCUCACCGCCCCGGCGAUGAUGGCCGCCGCGGCCGGGCAGACGAGUAAGGCGCCCCUACGCCACGACUACCGUGCCGCGACCACCCACGUCGACGGCGAGCUGUAUGUCGACAUGUACCGCUUCUGGGCGGCGCGCGCCGCGGUCGUGCACCGGCAGACGGGCGCGAACCAGACUUUCGUCCUGCAGCCCAUCGCGCCGAGCCUCGUCCAGCGCGGCCUCGACCGGGGCGGCAACGCGCUGGGCCUGCGCCCGUCGCACAUGGCGUGGUGGACCACGCUGAUCGACUGGGAGGCCGCUGCGCACGACGACGCCGUCCGUAGCGUGUCAAUCGCCACGACGAACGAGUGGAAGAGGCGGUCGAAAGCGGACUUCCUCUACAUGAACGACUGCUCGCGGGAUCAGAAUCCUCUGCCCGGUUACGGGGCUGCCAAUGUGGCGAGACUACGCGCCAUCGCGAAGAAGUACGAUUCCGCCCAGGUGUUUCAGAAACUCCAGCAUGAUGGGUUUCUCCUGAGAAAGGUGUAG